GAACUUCGUCGGACAUCCUUACUAACGAGAACCCAUCAAGACCCUCCGACACUAUGCAUGGAUCACAACCAGGCAAAUCAAGUCGAGCGAGACUCAACAGAACCUAUGGACCCGGUUGUUUUCAAUGCCACCGCACCUUCGGAAAUCCCACAAGCCUGUGCAUACUGUGAAACGUGUAGAACGAUUCUGUGUGCUGCCUGCAGUGGACAGUUUCUCGGGUCGAGAAUGAAGACUACUCACACCAACCACAAGGUGAUCGCUUUGGAGACGAAGGUCGAAGAAAUCAGAAGUCAACUAGAACACGGUUUGAAUGACUUGGCGGACAAAAAAGAUGCUUUUCAA